AUGCUACGACGAACAAUUCCACGGGCGACUGCACGCCUGCCACAGUUACUGCGCAGAUCACACCAGCGCCGCUAUGCAACAGAGCCCAUCGCGCCCCCAUCCUCCUCCCAGUCGCGCAUCGAGCGCUUCAAUCGCCGCCUACCAAGAUUCCUGCACAAGUACACCAAUGCGCUCGGCAACGCGCCAGUCACCCACAUAACGUCAUUUCUCAUCCUCCACGAACUCACGGCCAUAAUUCCCUUGUUCGGGCUCGCGGGCUAUUUUCAUUACACGCACUGGCUACCGCCGUGGUUCGCCGAAGGGGCUUGGAUUGCUUCGGGAGUUGAGCGGUUUGGUCGCUACUUCAAGCGCAAGGGCUGGAUACGUAGUGACGAAGCCCUGGAGGCUGAACGUGAAGUCGACGAGAUCCAGAAAGAUGACAAGCAGCGGAAAUGGAUGAAGGGUAGCGGUUUGCUGUCGGCAUCAGACGAUGACGGGAUUGGCAGCGAGACAAAGAGAUUGAGGAAAGUGGAUCAGGCUUGGAACAUCAGUGAAGGUGGUGUCAGGCUCGUGGUCGAGUUCGCGACUGCUUACACCAUUGUCAAGAUGUUCUUGAUUCCAAGGAUUGUGUUCAGCGUUUGGGCUACACCGACCUUUGCAAGAUGGACAGUUUCCCCAUUUCUGAAGGCGUUUCGCGGCAUGUUCAGGAAGAAGGGAAAGAGCACUGAAGCUGUCAAGGGAGGCGCUGCACCCAAGACUAGUAGUGGAAAGAUCUCUUUCCAGCCCAAUACACCAACUAGCAACAUGUGUUUCAGCGAUGACGAUUACAGCUACGAGUCCAGGUUCGAGGUCCGCAAUGGCCAACGCUAUUACGCAGAAGACUAUCACCCACGCUUUGGUAUGUCCCGACGCCGCAAGUAUGGUCUCGGCGGCUCAUACUAUCCUUCGCGAUACUAUGUUGGCCCUCCUAGAGGCCGCCACAUAAGUAACGCGGUCAUUCGUCCGAAUUCGUACUCGCAGUCUGGCGGCGGAUAUCCGCUGGGUGUCGUGCCUGGGGGAUAUUCACGCAGCGUUCCAGGCCGGUACUCUCAAACCAUGGUCCCUCGAGGUCUUGCUGGAGGUGGCUACCCUGGCUACUCGUCUGGUACCCCAUUCUGGCAUUCACACCUACCCAUCAAACUUGCAAUAUUGCAAUCACCACCAGAUAUUCGCAAAGACUGGCUAUCAAUCAUCAUAAUGGAAGCAUACCCAAAGCCCCGCCACCAGUACAUCUAUAAUCCCCGAUACGGACAACGUGGCCUCCUCACCUAUGCCGGCCAGGCCGCCAAUGGCGCCACACCCACCGGCGUCGUUGGAGGCGGCUUUGGCUACGGUGGGUUUGGAGGCGUUGGCGUUGGUAUGGGUGUAGGAUAUGGGGUAGGUGCUUACCAACCUGCGGUAUACAACGCCCGUCCCCUGUACCCUCAAACUUACGCCACCAACUACUAUCCCCCGAAUUACUCCUAUCCUUCCUACGGAGGUGUCUAUGGCUACUACAACUACAACUUGUAUGGUUCGCUGUACCCACUUGCUAACUUCUAUUGCCCCUACCAGAGGACCUACUACAAUACAGUACCCACUUAUGGCUACACAGCGCACGUCUACCCACCCGGACCGACUACCACUACCACUACCACUACCUACCACGUGACGAAUAGCCAGGCUCAAAACUAUUCAACACCCGUCACACAAACGGUCAGGGAGACGAGACCAGCAUACGUCCACAGUCACGCGCAGCAAGGCCCCACACGCGAGGACAUCCAAAUGGAGAGUCGGAGGAUUGCGACUGAGCGUGGCUCGUACGAUCCGCGCAAGAUCAGGCCAGCCGAUGCACGCGACGACGAUCCCUUCUGGUGUCGCGAAGUCAACGGAGAGUGGCAUCUCAGGUCCUACUACCAGAUCGAGAACGAGUGCCAUCCCGGUCGGUGGAUGAUGGAUGCUGAUAUCGGCUUCCUUGUAUUUCAUCGCGCGUGA